AUGGUCAACUCCUGCUGUGGCUCUGUCUGCUCUGAGGAGGGCUGUGGCCAAGGCUGCUGCCAGCCCAGCUGCUGCAGACCCAGCUGCUGUGUGUCCAGCUGCUGCCGCCCCUGUUGCCGCCCCAGCUGCUGUGUGUCCAGCUGCUGCAGGCCCUCUUGCUGCAUCUCCAGCUGCUGCCGCCCCAGCUGCUGUGUGUCCAGUUGCUGCAGGCCCAGCUGCUGUCAGUCUGUGUGUUGCCAGCCAACCUGCUGCCGCCCCAGCUGCUGCAGACCAUCUUGCUGCAUCUCCAGCUGCUGCCGCCCCAGCUGUUGCCAGACCACCUGCUGCCGCCCCAGCUGCUGCAUUUCUAGCUGCUGCAGACCUUCCUGCUGCCGCCCCAGCUGCUGUGUGUCCAGCUGCUGCAGGCCUCAGUGCUGCAUCUCCAGCUGUUGCCAGACCACCUGCUGCCGCCCCAGCUGUUGUGUGUCCAGCUGCUGCAGACCCCAGUGCUGCAUCUCCAGCUGCUGCCGCCCAGCAUGCUCUAGCAGUUCUUGCUGCUGAGUGCUCUCACCCAGCUGCUGCAGACCCAGCUGCUGCCAGACCACCUGCUGCAGACCUAUCUGCUGUGUGUCCAGCUGCUGCAGACCCAGCUGCUGUGUGUCCAGCUGCUGCAGACCCAGCUGCUGUCAGUCUGUGUGCUGCCAGCCCACCUGCUGCCGUCCCUGCUGCCGCCCCAGCUGCUGUGUGUCCAGCUGUUGCCAGCCCUCCUGCGGUAGUUCUAGCUGCUGUGGCUCCAGCUGCUGCCGCCCCUGCUGCCGCCCCUGCUGCCAGCCCUGCUGCCAGCCCUGCUGCCGCCCCUGCUGCCGCCCCUGCUGCCAGCCCUGCUGCCGCCCCUGCUGCCGCCCCUGCUGCUGCCUGCGCCCAGUCUGUGGUCAGGUCUGCUGCCACAGCACUUGCUACCGCCCCACCUGUGUGAUCUCCACCUGCCCCCGCCCCAUGUGCUGCGCCACCCCUUGCUGCUGA